AUGCCUUCUGAACAGUUGCUCUGGGCUGUCAAAAAUGGUGACUUGCAAUCAAUAAAAGAGAACAUGAAAAAUUGUUCUGGCGUUAAUUCUACUUUUAAAAAUGGAAGAACUCUAAUUCACUAUGCUGCUGACUAUGGACAGAAAGAAAUAUGUGAUUACCUCAUACGAAAUGGCGCAGAUAUCAAUGUUAAUGACGGUUUUGGAGUCACACCUUUGCUUGCAGCCAUAUAUGAGGGCCAUAUAGACUGCGUAUCUUUGCUGCUCAACAAUGGUAUAUUUCCUUCCUUUGUACACACCGUUUUUCAUAAUAAUAUUGCUGACAAACAAAAAUUAAACCAUGUCUACUAG